AUGCCUGUGAGAAGUCGAAUCUUGCUGACUUCUAGCAGUGAAGUAAACGUGGCAGUCCCUUCCCUGGACCAACCGCCCUUGGCCCCCAUGUUGAACGCGCCGCUCCUAGGCAUCAGUGCCGAUGAUCACGCAAAGGCUUGGCGCGAGACGGCAUAUCAGACUACCGAAGAGGGCAACUGUACCUAUUGUGACCAAUACGGGCAUGGUCCAGCUCACUGCAGAUACAUCAAUCCUCCUCGUCGCAACGCAAACUGGAAGCCUGACCCCAAGCUCUGGGUUUACAAGGAAGGCGCGCAAAUUGACAGACAGGAAAAUCGGAAGAAGACCGGGCCUGCCAAUAGGAAAGUCAACUCUUUGAACCUUAUCCAGUCAAUCUGGGACCAGCGGUCCCAGCCCGGCGGCAAAUAUGUUCAGACUACGCCAGUUGUUCCCACUCAAAUGGGCCCAAUGGUUAAUACUCCGAUGGCACCAGCACUGACAACUCGAAUGACUCCGGGAGUUGCAAUCCAAAUUGCUCCUCCCAAAGAUUUCCCACCAUACGAAAACAACACUGAGUCGUUUGAUCUAGUUGCCUUGCCAAUUAACCAGGUCGCCACCUCGAACAUCCCUCAGCAUCGUUGGGCAGUCAUCCUAGGUUACUUUCAUCAUAUCGCCAACAGCAAAGACUGCUUUAUCGAUUAUCAUGAGUACACCCCAGGAGAGAUACCUUACCGAUUCCGUGACCAGACUGGUACCCUCCGAACUACGCUCGGCGUCGGGCGAGUCAGGAUCAAUCUGUCGGUUAUGAUGAGCUACUAUGGUGAGCUCAUCCUGAACGCCGUCUAUUGCCCCGGCCUGCCUUUCAACAUCAUGUCCUUGGAAAUGGCCAGUCGGACAAUGAAUCUGUUCUACUCCGUUCCGACUUACACUAUGCGCGACAUCUCAACAAACCAAGUGGUGGCAAGUACCUUUGAGCAGAACUUUAUGCUCUUCCUCCACACGACCCACGACUUGAUCUCGUGA